AUCAAAUUCUAAGGAAUCACUAAUUUAUGUAAUAUUAAUAAAUAUAUGAGUAAUUUAAUCAAUUUAAAAAAAAUUACUAUUAGAUAUUUUGUAAUCGGAUCAAUGGUAUCAGAUUGCAGGUUAAUAGUGAGUUUUUGGAUUUUUACCUGGUUAUAUCAGAUUUUUAAUUAACGAAUUUUUCAUUAAAUCCGAACCGGAUUAUAUACAAUGUAUCGGGUCUAUAGGUCCAACCAUGAAUCUAGGUCAGAUAUGAAAACAAAUCUUAAAACUCAAACAUUAUUAUAGAACAACUACCAUAUUUCGAAAAAAUACCUUAUUUUGAAGAGAAAAAAAUGAUAAAACCCUAAAAACUCAAUUGUUAUGGUUCGAAACAAAAAUAAUUGUAAUUUGCAAAUCAGUUUUCGAUUAAUAAAUGAAAAACAAACAAAUCCGCGCUUUCUAAGCGCGGGUCAAAAUCUAGUAUGACUAUUAAUAAGAACGGUAGGGUAAAUAUUAUAUGAAUGAUAAGUACAGAAAAUAAUGAAAAUAGUCAAUAUAGCAAUGUAUUGAUCAGAGAGGAUAAUUAGGUUUUAAUAAUUUUAGUGGACAAGGCAUGUUUGUUUUAUACCGUGUGGUGCCAUUACACAACAAUCAUUAUUUUUUUGUCACCAAAGAUAGAAACAUCCCUCAAAGUAUUUUUCGCCCAUUGAUCAGAAUAAAUGUCUUAAACUAAAAAUAAAAAUAAAUGCCUAAGAAAAAACCCAUCUCUACCUCCAAAAUUCCUUACCUCCCAAAAACAAAACAAAUGCAACGAAACACCCUAAAUUUAAAAAGUCUAUUUUCUUAAAUUUAACCUCUUCCUUCACCAAUAUAAUAUCUUUCUCACAAUCUCAUUUCAUAAAGAAAAAAGAGAGUAAAACCCCCCCCAAAAAAAGAUGGAUUGUAGAACAAGAAUGAUACUUGUCCUAACCCUGAUUUUAAUGUCCGUAUGGGGUUCAGACGCAUCCGCAAUGCAAACGACAAAGUUGGACGCACCGCUUUUAACUGAAAAAAUCGCAACAAACAGAUCGAUAAUUGUCGAUAUUGAAGGCAAAGGAGACUACACUUCGGUUCAAAAAGCCAUUGAUGCUGUCCCUGUUGGUAACUCUAAUUGGAUUAUCGUCCAUGUCCGUAAAGGAAUCUACAAAGAGAGAGUGCACAUUCCGGAGAACAAGCCGUUCAUAUUUAUGAGAGGUAACGGAAGAGGAAAAACGGUCAUCGAAUCAUCGCAAAGUUCGGUCGAUAAUGUUGCUUCAGCCACUUUCAAAGUCGAAGCUAAUCACUUCGUUGCUUUUGGUAUCACCAUCAGGAAUGAUGCACCGGUCGGAAUGGCGUUCACGUCUGAUAACCAAUCCGUGGCAGCGUUUGUGGCUGCCGACAAAGUUGCGUUUUAUCAUUGUGCGUUCUUCAGCUUGCACAACACUUUGUUUGAUAACAAAGGUAGACAUUAUUACCAUCAGUGUUACAUCCAAGGCUCUAUCGACUUCAUCUUCGGUCGUGCAACUUCCAUUUUCAACAACUGUGAGAUAUUUGUGAUAUCGGACAAGAGGGUGAAACCCUACGGGUCAAUCACAGCACACCACAGGGAAAACGCAGAGGAAAAUACUGGUUAUGUUUUCAUAAGAGGCAAAGUGUACGGAAUCGAUGAAGUUUACUUGGGAAGGGCCAAAGGACCGUACUCUCGGGUCAUCUUUGCCAAGACUUACUUUUCCAAGACCGUUGUCCCUGACGGUUGGACCAACUGGAGCUACGACGGCUCAACCAAGGACUUAUACCACGCAGAGUAUAAGUGUCAUGGACCAGGUGCUGAUAGGCAACGUAGAUCAAGUUGGGCCAAAGAACUUACCAAACAAGAAGUUGAGUCUUUCUUGUCCAUUGAUUUCAUUGAUGGAACGGCAUGGCUUCCUGUUUGGCUUCAGCAAAAGUCUUAGAGCUCCUUAUGCUGUGCGUGUUUCGCGUUUGACUUUGGCGUUAUGCGUUUUGGUGUGGUUUGGAAAAAAGCACAAUGAAGAAAGAAGAAGCCCACCUUUUCUUACUACUACUAUACGAAAUAGAUAUCUCUUUUUGUUCUGAUACAAUGUUUAUAGAGUGAUUGGAAAAACUCUUAUGUGUUUCAACACAUUAUGUAAGAGUUUCCAUUUUUUAACAAUAUAUGUAACCUAAGUUAUAAAUUAUAUCUUUCAAUUUCAAAAUAGUCUUCCGAGUGAUUAAUUAACAAACCAACGAAAAUGAUUUGUAAAUAUUCGAAAAAGGUUUUACAUUUUUUAGAUAUGAUUAUUCUUACAAAAUAAAUCACAAAAGAUAAAUGAUAUACUUUCUUCUCGUAUGACUUGGUACAUAAGUAACUAGCCCAAGCUUAGUUCAAAGCCAAGAAUAGAUUUUGUAUGAAUAUUUUAAGUAUUAAGAAAUUUAAAAUCCACCGCCAAAUCCACCACCGGCACCACCACCACCUCCGAAUCCUCCUCCAGCUCCUCCACCGG